AUGUCGUCGGAGAGUCUUUCGUUUGGUGCCUGCUAUCAGGGCAACUGUGCCUGUCUUGGCUACAAGGAAUGUGGGGAACGAACGUGCGAUUGUGGGCAUUCGAGAUGUUUCCACGCACCACAUAGCUUGACGGCGUGGAAGACUUUGGAGUAUCCUGCCGAGCGAUUGGCUCGAGUGGGAGUAGAUACCGGCACGGCCGUGUCUCAUUUGACGAGCGCCUUGAAGAAGACGACGAUUAGUCGAAAAAGUAGUAGUGGUGCUAGUACUGCAAGUGCUAGUACUAGUACUGCUGGUAUGACCAUCCCAGCUGUAUUGCAGAUUCUGUAUCAAGAAGGUCACUUGACCCAACUGCAAAAAUCUCCGUUUUUCUUGUCGAGUUUGACCCAUUUGGUACUGUUUCGCUGCUUUCGAGGAGAUCGACGUCUGGCCACUCCCAUCGAGGCCGUGCUGGAUUUGAUUGAUGCUCUCUGGAGUCGCACCAUUCGAACACAAGCCGUCCAUCGCUCCUUUCCCAACGAGUCCAGUAUGAAAACAGCAUUUUGCGAAUUGGAACGAAUGGUACUCAGAGCCAUUCAAGUAUUGGAACACAAACAAAACAACACAGCCAGUACCAGAAAGAAAAAGAAACACAUGAUGACUCGACGGACCACAACCGAUCAGCUGUCAUUGACCGGCGUUGGAACCAUGUUACAGAGUACCCGACCCGACUUGUGGAACAAACCGCAACAGCAACCCAAAAAAGUGGCUACCAGAAACCAAAAGAAACACAACAAAUCACAAGAAGAGACUAUGCAAGAGGCAAACAGCACAAACCCAUUUUCUUGA